AUGUCUUUACGAAACAUGGCCAGUAGACACUAUACAGCACUACGAGCACUCAUAAACGUAUAUCAAAUCAACACAAUCCAGCCCGUUAGAGCUCGAUUUACCCCUCACCAAAUCCGCAUCACCACAAACCGAUUCCACAACACAUCGACCGACUCGUCCAAAUCACAUUCAGCCCAUAAUAAGAGCGAAUGCUGGAGAUGCCACACGCCAUUAACAGCACCCUCCAAACUACAUUGUGAAAAGACGAUAUGUGGUGUUGUACAGCCUGUACGAGAUCAGUCGUAUUUUGAGACGUUUGGACUCAAGGAAGGAUUUGAGGUGCCAUUACGGGAUAUGCAUAGUACGUUUAUUAAGCUACAGAGGAAGGUGCAUCCUGAUGGUGUGGUGGGGAGAUCUGAUACCGAAAGAUCAUUUGCUGAUGCUCAAUCAUCACAGCUCAACAAGGCUUAUGAAGUGCUGAGGGAUCCGUUGACGCGUGCCUUGUAUAUGCUAAAUCUACACGGAAUUCAAAUAUCGGAAUCCGAAUCCCUCACAAACCCAGACCUCCUCGCUGCCGUAAUGGACAUACGAGAAGACCUCGAAUCAGCAGAAACAGAUGAUGAAGUCCUAAAGGUCAAAGCUGUCAACGACAAGAAAAGAAUAAGAGCUGAAUUCGGUUUACAGGAUGCAUUUGAUAAAGGGGACUACCAAAAGGCGAGAGAUUUGACGGUGGAAUUACAAUUUUGGGAUAAUAUUGGCAAGGCUAUUGAGGACUGGGUUCCUGGACAGAGAAUUGAAUUGAAGCAUUAA